AUGAAGGGAAAGAUUAUCCGAGGAGACGACCACCAAAACAGAGACUUGCAAACGUUCCCUCUAAGGAAAGCAGUGCCUUAUGGCUAUAGACUCAAGCAGCGUUGGAAGUUGGCUGGACAAGCAGAAUCGCCAAUCAUGCCCUCGAUUCCUGGGGCUCCUACUCAUUCUCCGUCUGGGUCCACCAAAGCCAAGAAUUCAGCCCAAGGCUUCUUUACACUAGCAAAAACCCCAACGAUUACAGCUCCCAGCGUUUUUCCGCCACAAACUCCGUUUCCAUCCUACUCGCCAACCAAGUCCCCGACAAAAUGGCCCACAUCCUAUCCAAAACCAGAUCCGACGCCAUAUCCUACUCCUGAGCCUACAAAACCCCCGACGAAGCCUCCAACUCCUAGUCCUACAAAACCUCCAACAAAGCCUCCAACUCCAGGUCCAACGAAACCUCCCACGCGCCGACCUACUCAACAGCCUGUUAGGGUACCAACAAAUACAUUGUCAUAUGUCGGAGACAAUGAUACUAACAGGAACGGGUUCCCGCUUUCUAUGUGUGAGGGGGAUUGCGACAGUGAUAACGAUUGCAUGGACAAUUUGAUUUGUAUGCAGCGUAGUGGAACACAGCCAGUACCUGGGUGUAAUGGAAGUGGAGAUAGUGCGAAGGACUACUGCAUGGAUCCAUCAUUGACGCAGGCCCCAACAGACAAACCAACUAUGCCUCCACAAAGCAAUUCUGGGAGCUUCAUGCUUCGCCUCUAUUGGCAGAGCUCUUACUUUUGGCAGGAAACACACAAGGAAACCUGGUGGUGCCUUGAGUGCACAAAAUGUGAUGAGUUUUCCUUGGGCGAUGGGCCCAGACACGGUUGCGUUGUACCCGGGAACAACGGAGGCUCCUGUCAAGAGGGUCAUACAAUCUGGAUCCGCAAGUGCACAGACACUCGAAGAAAUUUCAAGUGGCAAAUCUUGAAAAAUAGUGGAUCUGGAGACCAAAUUCGAGCUGCUGGAUCCAAUCUAUGUCUUUCAACUGUAGGCAACCGAUUUAUUGAGAUGAAGAAAUGCAACAGUGGUAGCCAGAACCAACUGUUCAAGCCAAUUUCGGAUAUUAAUCGGUUCGAGAUGCGACCAUACUAUCAGCGCAAUUGGUCAAUGAAUGAUGCAAAAUGCCUUAGUCAGCUUCACCACCCCAAGGACAAGGAGUUGGUCGGGUUACACCGAUGUCAGACAGCAAAGGAUCAUGAAACUGUCUAUUGGGAGGAUUACUAUCGUUAA